AUGGGGACCACUGAAGCCACGCUCCGGAUGGAAAACGUGGACGUGAAGGAAGAAUGGCAGGACGAAAAUCUGCCCAGGCCACUCUCGGAAGAGACGGGGAUGGACUUGCUUGGCAGUGCCACAGAAGACACAUCCUCCCCUCCCGACACUCUGAACUUCAACGCGGCUCAUCGUAAGCGGAAGACGCUGGUGGCCCCCGAGAUCAACAUUUCCCUGGACCAGAGCGAGGGCUCCCUGCUGUCCGAUGACUUCCUGGACACCCCCGAUGACCUGGAUAUCAACGUGGAUGACAUCGAGACCCCAGAUGAGACCGACUCGCUGGAAUUCCUGGGGAACGGCAAUGAACUGGAGUGGGAAGAUGACACCCCCGUGGCCGCCGCCAAGAAUAUGCCUGGGGAUAGCGCGGACCUGUUUGGGGAUGGCUCAGCCGAGGAUGGCAGUGCCGCCAACGGGCGUCUGUGGCGGACAGUGAUCAUUGGGGAACAGGAACACCGGAUUGACCUGCACAUGAUCCGGCCCUACAUGAGGGUGGUGACCCAUGGAGGAUACUACGGGGAAGGUCUCAACGCCAUCAUCGUCUUUGCCGCCUGCUUCCUCCCAGACAGCAGCUCCCCCGACUACCACUAUGUCAUGGAGAACCUCUUCCUGUACGUCAUCAGCAGUCUGGAACUCCUUGUGGCCGAGGAUUACAUGAUCGUGUACCUGAAUGGGGCCACGCCUCGGCGGAGGAUGCCCGGCAUCGGCUGGCUGAAGAAGUGUUACCAGAUGAUUGAUAGGAGAUUGCGGAAAAACCUGAAGUCCUUAAUCAUCGUCCACCCGUCCUGGUUCAUCCGCACCGUGCUGGCCAUCUCCCGCCCUUUCAUCAGCGUCAAGUUCAUCAACAAGAUCCAGUAUGUGCACAGCUUGGAAGAUCUGGAGCAGCUCAUCCCCAUGGAGCACGUGCAGAUCCCAGACUGCGUGCUACAGUACGAAGAGGAAAGGCUCAAGGCCAGGAGAGAAAGCGCAAGGCCGCAGCCAGAGUGUGUCCUGCCCAGGUCUGAAGAGAAGGUGGAGGCGGGGCUGGCGGAGGACAGGUCUGCUCUGGCCACAGAAGAUCAGGAAACAAGAACGGCCCCCGCAGCCCUGGGCAUCUGGCCUGGAAACUCAGCCCGCACCCCCGGCAGCGCCGUGCCCCCCGGGCAGUGCCCAGCCUUUGAACUCACAGCUUUUCCUUUGAACAGCCCUCCCCUUGCCUCUUAUAACUUCCACCUUCUUAGGGAGCAUCAGAGCCCACAGCACCAGUGA